AAAACUUAGCAUUCUGCUCUAUUUAUACCACCUCCUACUGAUCUGAAACUCCACAACAUAACUAAGCUUCAAUUCUUCCAAGCAAUAAGAGACUACAUACUCUACUUGAAAGAAUUAUUGUUAAGGUUGUGAGAUAAAAGAUGGGGGAUGGUGAGGUGAUUCUAUUGGACUUCUGGUGCAGUAUGUUUGGGAUGAGGGCCAGGGUAGCACUAGCAGAGAAAGGGAUCAAGUACCAGUACAGAGAAGAGGACUUGGGUAACAAGAGCCCAGUAUUGACACAAAUGAACCCGGUUCACAAGAAAAUACCGGUCUUGAUUCACAAUGGGAGACCAGUGUGUGAGUCUCUCAUUAUUCUCCACUACAUUGAUGAGGUUUGGAGUGACAGAUCUCCACUGCUCUCCUCUCAUCCUUAUCACAGAUCCCAAGCUAGCUUCUGGGCUUCUUACAUUGAUGACAAGGUAUGUGAGUAUGGGCACAAAUUAAACACAAGCAAAGGGGAAGAACAGGAGGCAGCCAAGAAAGAUUUGAUAGAUUGCAUGAAGGUGUUGGAGGGAGAACUUGGGGAGAAACCCUAUUAUGGAGGGGAAAGCUUUGGGUUUUUGGAUGUGGCACUCAUCACAUUCUACCCAUGGUUUCUGGCUUAUGAGAAAAGUGGGAAGUUCAGCAUGGAAUGUGAGUGUCCCAAGUUGAUUGCAUGGGCCAAAAGGUGCAUGCAAAGGGAGAGUGUUUCCAACUCCCUUGCUGAUCCCUACAAGAUCUAUGAGUUUGUGCAGCAGAUUAGGAAGAACAAAUUUGGAACUGAUGAUCAAUAAUUCAAUUCCAUUCCUGAAUGUUCUGCAGCUUCAAUGCACUGCACAAACCUUGAUAAAUUCAAGGCUCCUAUCUGUAUCCCAUUUCAUAUUAAUAAAGGCUCCUAUUUUUGUUUU